CUGCUUGAUUACUAUCAUCCUCUCUCCCAACAACGCCCUGUUUUUGUCAUUUAAAGGUCUCCUCACCAACAAUAUUUAACGACCCCAGAGCUCGGUGGUCAGUAAUAGUAUUGAUUCAAGCUACUGGCAGCAUUUCUUAAGAAAAUGGCUCCUCCUACUGGUGGCAAAUCCAGCCCGUGGGCCGAUGGACCUUGGCCCUUGAUCGAAACCCCCUCCAAGUCAAAAGAUAUUACCAAGCAUGAAGCUCUCUACAUUGCGAACGAGAUGGCCUUUGCUCAUAACGCUAUGCUCCGGGGUCUCAAUGCCCUCUAUCUCCAGGCGGAGCAAGUGAGAGAACCGCAAGACAUCGCCGACUUUCUCUUCUUCCUCUGCAGCUGGGCGGGGUGGGUAUCUCACCAUCACACUCUAGAAGAACAGCAAAUGUUCCCCCAGUUUGAGCGCGUAUUACAGCAACGCAACUUCUUGGAAGGCAAUGUCCAGGAGCAUCAUACCUUCCAGCCAAUCCUGAAGCAGCUCCUGGCCUAUGGAAAGGAAACUCCACCGGCCGAGUACCAAGCCUCGGCCGUGCGCGACUUGAUCGAGCAGAUGGCCCCGAGUUUUCGCGAGCACUUGGCCAACGAGAUCACUAGUCUCAUGUCCAUGGCCCCCUACGAUGGACCCGCUCUGCUCAGAGUCUACAAAGAAUGCGAGGCGGAGGCAGGCCGUCAGGACAAGAAUGUCGUCCCACCAAUGGUCCUCGGUCUGCGCGAUGUGACCUUCGAGGGGGGCAACUCAUGGCCCGCGAUGCCGCCGUUGUCGACACACUUCGUACAUUAUCUGUUUGCCCGCAAGCAUGCAGGCGCGUGGAGAUUCUUGCCAUCGGAUUCAUGGGGAAAGCCACGCCCGCUGGCCUUUGGUAAGCCUUGAGAUCCUAGGAUCGGCCGCUUGACGCCUGAGGGAAAUUUGUUGGUGAAGGCCCGACGCUACCGCAGGGCUCUAAAGUAGUCUCUGUAUCCUAUUUUCUGAUCAGUCUCAUAUUUCUUCGGGGGCACUGUUUCCUUUCGAAGACCUUCCUUUGAUAGGCCUAAAUGAAAGGAAAGCGGGGAUUUCUAUUCACAGAAAAUAGAGAAAAAUGCGAUCGCGAUAGGAAUACUUUUCGUAAGUUAUCUUUUAUAUCUUUAUACUAGUUAUCUAUC